UACAUCUCUCCGCUAUGAUGUUUAACACACUCUUGCAGCAUUCAAAUAGUUCUUCCUUGGAUUGCGAGUAAGAUUCAGUGAGAUAGGAAGCGGCAAUAGGCACAAUCUCGCUUACUGCGUCCUCAAUCACUUCAUUGCUCUGCGAUGUGAAAAGUUCCAGAGCUUCCCUGGGCUGAUCCUUCAGGAGAUCGACACUUUGGAAACACUGGACAUGACGAAAUACCGCGUGGCUUGCAAAGCUGCUUCUGCGAGGUUAUAAAAUUCCUACAUCACAAGAAUUUAGCGACGCGAUGAGGUCGGCGAACGGUUGUGACAGCCGUUGAAAACUUAUUUGUAAAAAAUAAAUAAAUAAACACAAAGAAAGAGGAAGGAAAUCGAUGGCAGAUCAGCUGACAACGGGAUCAAACUGUUUCGCAAGAUACGCCUCAGCAAGAUUUUGCGAGUGAUUUGAUUGGGAGAUGUGUAAUUAUUCCAAAUAAAAGAAAAAAAUAUACAUUCCGAGGAUUAUUUGAAAAUGAGUGACUCGGAGGAAGAAAAUUACGCGACUUUUGGUGUCGCUCUAGAUCCUUUAGACGAAGAGAAUAUCCCACGAAAAAAGCCCGUUACAAUCGAAGAUCAAUACGCUUAUGAUGCUCAAGGUAGACGCAGAUUCCAUGGAGCAUUUACAGGUGGUUUUUCAGCAGGAUAUUUUAAUACAGUCGGCACUCGCGAUGGCUGGAGACCUCAGCAGUUUAAAUCUUCAAGGGGUAGUAAAGCGGAAAGUGUUAUUCAGAGACCAGAAGAUUUUAUGGAUGAAGAGGACACGAGUCUUUUUGGAAUUGCUCCUAAAGGAAUUCAAGCUACUAGCGAUUAUGCCGGUCAUGGACAGAAGGGAAAGAAAAGAGAGAGGAUAAAUCAGGAUAAUAAUGGACCCAUUCCUGGUGCUCCUGUUUUAAAGGAACUUUUAAAACCUGUCAAAGAAACAGUGGGUAUUGUUCUGCUCAAAAAGAUGGGCUGGAAACCUGGUCAAGGUAUAGGCUCUAGACUCACAAAAAAAGAAAAGCAAAAGAUAAAGCAACGUAAUGAAAAAAUAAAAUUAGUGCAGGAAAAUUCUGAUAUGGCAGGAAGCAAUUCAGAGGAUUCUGAUGAUAAUUCCACUAAUAUUACUUUUGCUCCUGAUGAUUAUGAGCCAUUCAGAUGCAAACCAAAGGACAAUUAUUUUGGCAUUGGCUAUUCAGGUCUAGAUAGGCGGAAAAUUCUCUCUGGUCACAUCAAUUUAUUUGAUACUCCAGCGUUUUGCGUUCAAGAUAAAAACAAGAAACUGUCGAUUCAUGGCCAAGCAUUUGGAGUUGGUGCAUUCGAAGCCGACGAUGAAGAUAUAUACGAAAGAGAAGAUAUGUCGCGUUACGACUUUGCCCUAGAUCCCGAGCAUAAGAAGAAAACAAGAUGGUCACAAGACGCUCCGUCUAGCUCACAAACCGAUUGCUUGGACGAUUUCGUUCGUGCGAAGGAAAAAUUAGCGAACAAGAAGAUCUUCAAACCGCCAGAAUUACCAAAGAAUUUUGCACCAGUACAUGCUAUUAGGAAAAGUAGAUUUUAUCCUCCGAUUGCAAUUCCGGUGGAAAAUGGCAAACGCAGAGAACCAUUAAAUGCCAUAGAUAGGGCGCGGAUUUUAGAAGAUCCCGAUGAACAUUCAAAAAAGCCGCCAUCCGUCGCCUCGAAUAUCAUUACCAAAACCUUGAAUUUACAUGGUAAACAGCAAACGGAGGAAAGAAAGAAAUUGGAGAAUGAACAGACAACGACGGGCAACUCGUGGCUGGAUAAAUUAACUAGUCAAAACUUUGUCAAAGGUGAUGUUGUCGGUACACAAGAUGAGUCAGGUAGCUUGAAAACAUUAGAAGAGUUCAAAGAAUCUGUUUCUGCAUCCACAUGUUCGAGCACAGAACGUGAUUCUUCAAGCAAGAGCGAGAAAAGUGCAAAAUUGUUUUCGUCCGAUCCGGACAAACAGAGACGAUUUGAGCAAUAUCUUAUUUUUCUUAAAAACAAUGAGAUGAAUAAAUUCGAGACUAUCCAACCACUUUCCAUGACCGAAUGGGAGAGAGAACAAGAACGUACGGAAUUCGAGCAGGCGGCUAAGUUGGAGCAAUCAAAUAAUUAUAUGGCGGAUAAAUUUAUACAUAGCUCUGAUCACACGAUAGACAAGACGGAUCCGGAGAAGGAUGUAAAGGAAGCAGUAAGACUGAAGAUGUUUGGCAAACUGACGCGAGAGCGAAGCGAAUGGAAGCCUGCAAGUAUCGUUUGCAAGAGAUUCAAUAUUCCCGAACCGAAAGUCGGCUGCUCUUUGGUUGUAACAGAUCGAAAAACGGCGAGAUUCUCCGUCUUUGAUUCCUUAGAUUGGUGUAGUUCAUCCAAGUUCACGAAAGCUACAGAGCAGCAGAGAACAGAAGUGGAGGAAAUUCCUGGACUGUCAAAGAAAACGGAAGAGAAUACAAAGGGAGCGAUUUCCGACACGGAUAAUAUUUCAUCGAAUGAUUAUCAAUCUUCAGAGCCCGUUUCCGAAAAGUUCAGAAUCUUCGAGGCUUCCUACGAGAAAGUUUUCGGUAAGGGUAUUCAAAAUAUUCUUUCCUCAACGUCGGAAAAUGCUAAACAAGAUGCGAGCGAUAAUUCAAAAAAGGAUGAAACAAUUCAAGAAGUAGAAAAUAAGCAAGAAAUUGAUACGGGAUCAGUAACUACAGUUAAAGAUCAAUCAAAUGAAAAGAAGGACCUCUUCAAGGCAAUUUUCCUUAGCAGCAGCGAGGAUUCUGAAGACAGUGAGUCGGAAGAGAACGUUGACAACGAGACGGUCAAGUCGAUCCUAAUCGGGAAAGAUCCGAAGGAGAUAAACACCCAGCGAAAUACAUCGCCGCCGCGUGGUAUCUUUGCAAAAUUGGAUCUUGAUAACUUGGUGACACAACCGAAACGCGUUAAUGACGAAAGUACAGCUUCCAAGAUUCCGGAGAGCAGUUUAUCGAGGACUGAUGAAACGCGAAACAAUCUCGCGGAUGGAAACGAUAUAAAAAACGAUGAUGAGGAAGUUAUCGCGAUUCCAUCGGAUAUGUAUGGUCCGAUUUUGCCACAAAGAUUGUUAAAACAGGAGAGUACCGCGACAACAGAGACCGAUAGCGCGAAUCAAUCUCUAAGACCGGUAUUUCGCAGUGUCGUGGUGUCAAAGACUGCAGAAAAUUCAAUACUCGGCGGAAAGUGGGUAGAGCGGGACAAGGUGAAAAAAGUAAAGAAAGAAAAGAAAAAGCACAAGCAUAAACAGCAUAAGAGCCCCAAGCACAAGAAAAAAUCUAAAAAAGAGAAACGUUCGAAACAUUAAUCUCUGUUUAUUUCUAUCCCUUGGUAAUCCCAAGUUCCAUAAUGUGAAACGAUUUAUGUAUUAAAUAUUUGUGCAGUAACAAUUGUACAUAAUGUACAUUAUAUUCUAGAACUUCACGCUUUAUUAGAACCGUAUUAUUUUUUAUUUCAUUAAACAUGUACUUAUUUUCUAUAUAUCUAUAUAUACGGUAUACACAUCACACAUCUGUAAUAUAGACUGACAAUGAGAAUAUAUAAUCUAUAAUAUCUAAUUUAUAAAUAUUUGAAUAAUUUUUUGGAUAUUUUGAUUCAUAUGUCUCAUAUGAAUAAGAUUUAAAAGCAUUAGAUAAUUUUGAAAUGCCAAAGGUAACAAAGAUUUUAUUAUAUAUGUUUACUGUAUUUGUAUAAAUGAAUAUAUACUCUGUUCUUAAAUGCUGCUUGCACGAAAUACGAUGUUAAUUGUUCGUUUUGGUGAUAAAGAUUGAUAGUGAAAAUUUAACUUUCUGGUGCAAAUAGUUUUAAAAUAAAUCAAUGACUCCUGAAUACAGUAACUUUAUAUAUAUUUUCCAAAUGAUUACGUAUUACACGUAUAAGGAUAUGUACAUAUGUUUUAAUUCACUUAUGAUCAUGCACGAAUCGUAUUUGGUUUUUUUUUCUGUGAAAAAAUUACAUAAAGUGAAUGAAUUAAAUAGAGACUACUUAUAUUGGAUAUUAAGACGACACAGAUGACAUCGUGAUUUAAGGAUUAAAUAAAUCGAAUGUGCAUUCGAUAUACAAGAAUCAAGAAUACACAUUCUUAUAUACAA